AUGAAAUUAAUAGUAAAAUUAUCACAUGAUAAGCCCUAUGCUGAAUCUUUCGAUUUGGAUUUUAAUGAACUGAGAACCAGAACCAGCCGUUCGGAUUCGGUUCAAGCCGAACGGUUAGGAGCUUUAAUCAUAAAACAUAUGAGAGAUAUAAACAGAAACACUAAAAGAACAGACUUAUUAAAGUGGAGACUUAAAGCUAAAAAUGGAAGACAAACGUGGCAUUAUUUAGAGGAUGAAGAUGAAAUUAAGAAUUGGCCUCAAUCUGCUAUUGAUAAAUAUUCGCUUGGUUUACCUUUUGUAAGGACAUUAGAAGCUGCCAAGAAUGGAUUUAAAUUCUAUAAGCAACUUCAAACUGAAGGUGGUCAUUGGACAGCAGAUUGCGGAGGACCAAUGUUUUUAACUCCAGGAAUUGUACUUUCAAUGUAUAUUACUCAAAUACCAAUUCCAGAAAGUUGGAGAGUAGAAUUGAUUAGAUAUUUAUUUAAUCGAGCUCAUCCCGUUGAUGGAGGAUGGGGAUUACAUACUGAACAUCAUACAACAGUUUUCGGGACUGCAAUGAAUUAUGUUGUACUUCGGAUUUUGGGAGUGGAUGCGGAUCAUCCAUCAAUGGUUAAAGCUAGAUUAACUUUACAUAAACUUGCAAGUUUAAAUGUUUAUGAUUGGGAAGGAAUUAAUCCGAUUCCACCAGAAUUAUGGCUUUUUCCUUAUUCUUUUCCAUUUCACCCUGCUCGUUAUUGGAUUCACACACGUGUUGUUUAUCUUCCUAUGGGAUAUAUUUAUGGUCGGAGAUUUAGUGCCAAAGAAACACCAUUGAUUAUACAAUUGAGACAAGAAUUAUAUACACAACCUUAUGAAACAAUAAAUUGGACCAAGGCACGGGGUAACAUUGCAGAAGUUGAUGUUUCUGUGCCUCAUUCAAAACUUUUGAAAUUUGCUAAUUUUUUUUUAAAUAUUUAUGAAAAAAUCCCAAAUUUCUUUGGUCUUCGUGAUAUUGCUCUUGAAGAAAGUUAUGAAUUAAUACGAUACGAAGAUAUAAAUACAGAUUACCUUGACAUUGCUCCUGUACGAUUAACAAAUUCAAUCAACUCGAUGAAUUCAAUGAUGGAUUCUGAAGGAAUGUUUAUAAGUGGUAAUAAUGGUUCUCAAUUAUGGGAUACUGCCCUUAUGUCUCUUGCUUUAGUAGACACAGGAUUAGCAGAAGAUCCAACAUUUCAUGAAUCAUCAAUAAAAGCAUUAAAGUAUAUAGAUUAUUCACAAUUUAGAAAAGAUCCUGUAAAUUAUUCAAGAUGUUAUAGAGAACCGACUAAAGGGGCAUGGGGAUUCAGUACACGUGAUCAAGGAUAUUUUGUAUCAGAUUGUACUUCUAUAGGAGUAAAGUCGGCUAUUGAACUUCAAAAACGUGUAUGUCAAGCUAUAGAUAUUUUAUUAAAAAAUCAAAAUAGUGAUGGAGGAUUUUCGAGUUAUGAAAAAAUUCGUGGAACAUCAUUUUUAGAAUGGAUAAAUCCGUCUGAAAUAUUUGGAAGUAUUAUGAUUGAAUAUAAUUAUCCUGAAUGUACAUCCUCCGUGAUAACAGCAUUAAGUACAUUCUCAAAGUAUUAUCCAGAUUAUCGUGCAGAAGAAAUCAAAGAAACCUGUGAAAAAGCUAUAAAUUAUAUUCACGAUUCACAGCGUAAUGAUGGAAGUUGGUAUGGAUCAUGGGCUAUUUGCUUCACUUAUGCUGCAAUGUUUGCAUUGGAAUGUUUGGCAUCUUACGGAGAGACUUAUGAAAAUAGUGAAAGCGUCAGAAAAGGAUGUAAAUUUUUGAUUACUAAACAAAAAAAAGAUGGUGGAUGGGGUGAAUCAUUUAAAUCAUGUGAAUUAAAAGAAUAUGUUCAACACGAAAAAUCGCAAGUUGUAAAUACUUCAUGGGCACUACUUGCUUUAAUGUAUGCUAAAUAUCCAUACGAGAAAGAUAUCAAUCGUGGUAUUAAGGAAAAUAUGCCAAAAUUUAUAAUGAUCCUAUUGUUUUUAAAUAAUCCAGUAUUAGUUAAGUUGGAAGAAGAUUUGGGAACAUAUUAA